AUGCGAUCAACUUUGCGCAUUGCCAUACUCAUGUGCGAUGAGCUGGCCGGGAACCCCAAGAAGGAACACGGAAGCAUCGGCAAUUUCUACAGAAAGUUCCUGGAGGCCGGGGCGCAGAAGCUCGAGGAAAGUGGUCUCCACAAGAGACCCAAUAUUGAAUAUUUCUUCUAUGACGUAGUAAUCAAGCAAGAAUACCCAAACAUCCGGGAAAUCGACGCGGUAUUCAUGACAGGUAGCCGCCAUGAUUCUUUCACAUCAGGCUCGAAUAAUUGGAUCUUGAAGCUCGUUGACUUUACCAAAUCGCUGCUGCACGAGCAAUCGCGGGUCCGAAUCAUGGCCGUCUGUUUCGGGCACCAGAUUGUCGGACGCGCAUAUGGAGAAACAGCUGAACGGAAUACUUUGGGCUGGGAAGUCUCUGUUACUUCUGUCACACUAUCAGAGACGGGUAAGAGAGUCUUUGGCUGCGAUUCCCUGGCGCUUCAUCAGAUGCAUCGCGACGUCGUCCGGCGGUAUCCAGCGUCCGUCAAGAAGCUAGGCCAUUCCGACCGGUGCGAGGUGCAGGGAAUCUACGUCACGAACCGGGUCAUGACUCUGCAGGGACAUCCGGAGUACGAUGCCACGAUUGCCUGCGAGUUGCUGGAGCGGAGGCGCGGAUCUGUGCUAGAUGAAGCCACAUACCGAGAUGGGAUAGAUCGAGUUCAUCAUCCGCAUGAUGGGGUGCUUGUUGGGGCUGCCUUUUUGUGGUUUCUGAUAAAAGAAUAA